GUGAACAAGUCGGGCAAGAGGAGUAGACUGACUCCUGAUUUGUGCUUAGGUUCAAGGCUGGUUUCCGAACUCUUUUAAAUAGCCAGCUUGUUUAACCGGCUUGAUUCUACAGCGGACACCUCUUCCUUCACACCUCCCCUGCUUUGGAUGAGUGCAAGAAGCGUUAAUGGUUAAGUUUGAAAAGGAGUCAGGACAGCCAUUAGACCAGUCGACUGUGACAGCGAUGCCUUCCAAUAAAUACUCUGCUGUUAUCAUGGAGGAAAGCAACAACAUGACUGCCACUGCUGCAGUGAAUGGAGACACACCUCCAGGUGAGGGCCUGUCAGAGAAUGACAGCGGCGUGGAGCUGACCAGUGAGAAUAGCCCUCUGACUGCAGCUGAACCACCUUCCCCCUUCAGUCUCAAACAGAACGGAGGUGCUGCCUCUCCUCAAGAUGGUAAUCAGUGCUCAAGAGGCAGCAGGAAGAGGAGCAGGAAGAGGGCAGAGGAGGAGGGAAGUACCUGGGACUCAUGCAGCGAAGAAAAGUCUUCAGGAACAUCUCAGUUAGGUUUGAGACAGAGGCCUCGACCCAGAACCAUCUUCCAGGCUGGACUCACCGCACAGACACACACCAAAUCUCGCAGGCAGAACCGCAAACAGGAGCACAGCAUUAUAGUGUAUGGUGGAGGUCCUCGGGCAGUCACGGCUGUGUCCAGUGGUGUUCCUGAGGCCCCUCGUCUGGAGCUGAUGGAACAGGAUUCCAAAGACUCGGCUCAGAGCAGCAGCACCUCUUCCAGCUCUGAAAUCCAGCCAGAGUACAAUGACAACAAGGGUUUUGGCAUCGGUGAGCUGGUGUGGGGGAAGAUCAAGGGAUUUUCUUGGUGGCCUGGCAUCGUAGUGACUUGGCGUGCCACGGGCAAGCGUCAGGCUAACCACGGUAUGAGGUGGCUGCAGUGGUUUGGAGAUGGCAAGUUCUCUGAGGUGUCAGCAGACAAACUGGAAUCCAUCACUGCCUUCCCCAAGUUCUUCAGCCAGGCAUCUUAUACCAAGCUGGCCUCCUACCGCAGGGCUAUCUUCCAAGCACUGGAGAUGGCCAGUUCCCGGGCAGAGAAGACUUUUCCUUCCUGUGAGUCAGACAAUCCAGAGGACCAGGUAAAACCCAUGCUGGACUGGGCCAACGGUGGCUUCCUGCCCAAAGGAGAGGAGGGACUCAAACCUACAUACAACACUAACAGUAACCCUCUGGAUCACCAGGUCCUCGACCUAUCCCUACCAGACUACUUCCCCACAGCGAAGCGGCCCAAAGUCAGUCUCUGUAAGAACAAGGGCCCCCCUGAGGAGACUUGCAGCAGAGAGCAAAUGGUGAAUGAAGUUCUGAAAAAUAAAAGAAAUAUAGAAGAGUUUUGUCUCUCUUGUGGAAACAUGAGAGUAGCAACCUUCCACCCGCUGUUUGAAGGAGGCUUGUGCCAAACCUGCAAGGACGUGUACUUGGAGAUGUCCUACAUGUAUGAUGAUGACGGUUACCAGUCUUACUGUACCAUCUGCUGUGGAGGUCGAGAGGUUCUGCUCUGCGGCAACGCUAACUGCUGCAGGUGUUUCUGCGUGGACUGUCUGGAUAUCCUGGUCAGUCCUGGAGCAUCUAACAGUGCACGGUAUGUGGACCCAUGGCGAUGCUACAUGUGCCAGCCGCUGUUGCAGUAUGGUGCCAUCAAGCGGCGGCAUGACUGGAGUCUCAAGCUGCAGGAGUUCUUCGCCAAUGACAAUGGACAGGAAUUUGAGAAACCAAAGAUUUACCCAGCAGUCCCUGCAGAGCAGAGACAACCAAUCAGAGUCCUUUCCCUGUUUGAUGGCAUUGCCACUGGCUACCUGGUUCUAAGGGACCUGGGUUUUAAGGUGGGCCAGUAUGUGGCAUCAGAGGUGUGUGAGGAUUCCAUCUCAGUGGGUGUUGUCAGGCAUGAAGGAAAGAUCCAGUAUGUCCAUGAUGUCAGGAACAUCACCAAGAAAAAUAUUCAGGAGUGGGGUCCAUUUGAUCUGGUGAUCGGAGGAAGUCCCUGCAAUGACCUCUCAAUCGUCAAUCCUGCGAGGAAAGGCCUCUAUGAAGGAACAGGGAGGUUGUUCUUUGAGUUUUACCGCCUGCUGAGUGAGGCCAAGCCCAAAGAAGGAGAGAACCGACCAUUUUUCUGGAUGUUUGAGAACGUGGUUGCCAUGGGUGUCAAUGACAAGAGGGACAUCUCACGAUUCCUAGAGUGUAACCCUGUGAUGAUCGAUGCUAUUGAGGUCUCUGCUGCUCACCGUGCGCGAUACUUCUGGGGAAACUUGCCAGGCAUGAACAGGCCUCUGUGUGCCUCUGGGAUGGACAAGCUGGAACUGCAGGACUGUCUGGAGCAUGGCAGGGUUGCAAAGUUUGGGAAAGUGCGUACCAUCACUACACGCUCCAACUCCAUCAAACAGGGGAAAGACCAGCAUUUUCCUGUCUUGAUGAACGGGAAGGAGGACAUACUGUGGUGCACUGAACUGGAGAGGAUUUUCGGUUUUCCUGUCCACUACACAGAUGUGUCCAACAUGGGUCGCGGUGCCAGACAGAAACUCCUGGGCCGGUCCUGGAGUGUUCCUGUCAUUAGGCAUUUGUUUGCACCACUGAAAGACUACUUUGCCUGUGAAUAGUAGCCUAUCAACAGCAAACAGAUGCCACUUAUGAACAUACACCAGCUUUUAUAUUGUGAUACUGGCUCCAGGAAAAAUCUGUCACACUCUGUAAAGAGUUGGAAAUAAUAUCCACUCUGUUAGCCACUGUAGCAGGCAAAAAGCCAAAGUGAAAGUUGUUGUUUUUAGCCAUUUCUGGGUUCUGGCGAUAAUGCACUGCAGCCUUAAACACAUGUAACACAUACUAUCGCAAAGAUACACAAAAGCAGCAUAGGUGAGCACCUUGACUGUAGUUUAUCACUGCUCAUAGUGUCUGAAAGAGAGGCCGUGUCACUUGUCAGACAUCUGAUUGACAAAGGUGCAGCUAGUCCAUUUCACUGAUUGUAUCAUCUUUAACGGAGGUCAUUAGUGCGCUUCACCUCUCUGGAGGUUCAGCUGAAUUAAAAGGUAAAUGACACCCGAUCCUUUGUUUUGUCCAUCAACACUAGGACUGUACAAUGACUAGGCCUUUAAAGACAUUGUUUUAUGUUGACAACAAUCAGUAGUUGUAGAAAACAGAAAACAGCACAGCACCAAUGGCACAGCUCCUUAAGUGGCUCUGGAUUAACCUGUUUUAACUAGUACAGAACAUUUCACAGAUUGUUCAUCCCUCCAUUUAGUUGAAACAGGUAGUUUGCUGAUACAGAUUGUUAAUUUAAACAAAAACACUUCAAGCUCACUUGAACCAAAGUCAUACGACGGAUAGUUGAAGUCUUGCUCCGUUUAGGCUUCCACUAGCCUCUGGCAACAGUGUAUUUUCUAAAAUAAAAAAGCAUUCUUUACAGUGGUCGUACUAAAAUGCCAAAACAUGAAACUAUGGCUUCCUGUCCAAAUUUUAAGAUAAUAAAAUCUACAGUUCUGCUGAAUUCUAAAAAUUAAGCAUCUCUUAUUGUCAUGUCAGAAUUAUUCAAAAGACCAACAAAAGAUUUGCUCUGUAGGAAAAUACACUGAGCACCAGAAGCUAGUGGAACAGAAGCUAACCUUGAAACAAGUCGGGAUUUUGGUUAGAUUUAGAUUUU